AUGCUCACCCUUCUUUUCCAGAUCCACUUCCUCAUGAUACUGUCUUCUAACUGGGCUUACUUAAAGGAUGCCAGCAAAAUGCAGGCUUACCAGGAUAUCAAAGCAAAGGAAGAACAGGAACUGCAAGAUAUCCAGUCCCGCUCAAAAGAACAACUCAAUUCUUAUACAUAA